AUGUCUCAAACUGUUCUAAAUAAUAUUCCACAACUUCCCGCUGACGCUUUGUUUGGCAUAAAACAGAGGUCAUCCCGUGAUGCUAGAGACUUCAAAGUCGAUUUGGGUAUCGGUGCCUACAGAGAUGAAAACGGCAGGCCAUGGGUAUUACCAAGUGUACGGUCUGCAGAGAAAGCUAUUCAUGAAGAUCCAUUAUACAAUCACGAAUACUUAGCGAUUAAUGGGCUACCCGAGUUGAGCAUUGGAGCCGCUAAGAUUUUAUUCGGCGAGGAGUCACAUGCCUUGAAAGAGGGAAGAAUUAUUUCCGUGCAGUCAAUAUCGGGUACUGGUGCGCUACAUAUUGUUUCGAAGUUUGUAGCCAAAUUCUUAGCAGGCAGAGCAGUCUACCUUUCUGAACCUACCUGGGCGAAUCAUAAGGCUAUUUUCAAGACACAAAAUGUCAAGACAGAAGCCUACCCAUACUGGAAGUCUUCUACUAAAACGUUGGAUAUGGAUGGCUUUCUAGGAGCAAUUAAGAGUGCACCAAAUGGUUCGAUUUUCCUUUUGCAUGCCUGUGCACACAACCCAACCGGUUUGGACCCAAGCAAAGAGCAAUGGCCAACUAUUUUGGACACACUUGCCUCCAAGGAACACAUUGUCAUCUUUGAUUCUGCUUACCAAGGCUUUGCCUCUGGUAGCUUAGAUAAUGAUGCAUUUGCCGUGCGCUUGGGUCUUGAAAAGCUAGCUAAAAGUUGCCCAAUUUUCGUUUGCCAAUCAUUUGCAAAGAACUUUGGUAUGUACGGUGAACGUGUUGGUUGUUUCCACCUAGUUUUGCCUCAACAGGACGCCAAUGUUGAUAUUUCAAAAAUUAAUAGAGCCAUAUCUUCGCAAUUAUCCACCAUAAUUAGAAGCGAAGUGUCCAACUCUCCAGCUUAUGGUGCCAAAAUUGUUGCUAAGAUCUUAAACAGUCCCGACUUGACCAAACAAUGGCACAAGGAUAUGAUCACUAUGUCAUCCAGAAUCACCAGCAUGAGACAUGCUCUGAGAGACAAGUUAGUUGAGUUAGGAACUCCAGGUAAUUGGGAUCAUAUAGUUUCCCAAUGUGGUAUGUUUUCGUAUACAGGCUUGACCGCUAGCAUGGUAGAAAGACUGGAAACUCAGCAUGCCGUAUAUUUGGUUUCCUCCGGUAGAGCUUCUAUUGCCGGAUUGAACAAAGGUAACCUUGAACACGUCGCCAAAUCUAUUGACGAAGUAGUACGUUAUUGUUCUAAAGAUGCCAAGUUUUGA